AAACUCAAUCAUUUGUUUUGAGAGUUGUGCCGUCAUAUUGUGUUUUAAACACCCACAUAUAUAAAAUAUACAUACAUUUAAUCAUAUUUAUUGAAGGGUGAAUACAUAAUUAUGACAGUGAUGUAAGGAAGUCAAAAGUCAAAAGUCUUAUUUGACAAAAAUUCAUGAAAAAAUAAAAUUUGCAGGUUGUUAAAUUAAAAAAUUAAUGUAUGAUAGUGAUAGAAACUAACAAUAGUUACAUAUAAACCUGAUACUGUAACUACAAUUAUGGCAGCAAUAAGACAUACGUUACAAAGAGAGGUGUUUACACCCAGUGAUGAGAAGUUACUAAGCAUAUGUUAUGUCAGUAAAGCAUACAAAAAGAAAAAAAUGAGCUUUUUAUGCUUAACUACAACUACAGAUACACCUUCAUCUUUACUUUUGUAUCAAGUUAAGAAAAAUGAUAAGAAUGUGUUUAAGAAAAAGCAAUCAUGGUCAUUAAAUGACAUUCAAACUGUGGAUGGAGUUAAAAAUGAUUCUAUGGAUAUAGAAUUACACAUUGACAAAGUGUAUAAAUGGUCAGCAACAGCAGCACAAGAGCGAAGAACAUUUAUAAGCAAUUUAUAUACUUAUUCUUGUAAUUUAGAACAAAGACCCCAAUUUAAAAAUAUUCCAAAAGAAUGGCUUAUAGAUCCUAGUUCACUGAAAGAAAGUGACAGUAUUACUUUCACACCAGAGCUUCUUACAUCACCUAUUUCAUCAAGUUAUCAACCUAUUACUGAAAAAGAAGCUAUUGAUUUGAAACAAAUGAUGGAAAACUGUGAAUAUGCAGUGUCUAAUGCUGAAUUAUUUAUGGAAAACCUAUCUAAGGACCUAUCAAUUCUUGAUGGGGAAAAUGUCCAAUCAGUUUUGGCAUCGGAAACACAUGUAACUCAACUGAUGAAUAGCAUAGAAGAAGCAAUAAUAGAAGCAUCAAUUGUUGAAGCUCGUCUUGCAAAUUAUGAUGAAGCGCUUGGUAGAAUUAGAGAAGUUAUGGCUCGUGUGGGUCAAAAAAAUCAAGCUAUUCAUACAGCUAACAGUAAUGCAAGACUUCUAUUAGAUCAAUUAAAUACAGUAAUUUCGCAAUUAGAUAUUUCACCAACACAUCAGCAUUCUUUAAGUGAGGCUGAACUGCCAGGAGAUAAAGAAGAGCUUAGUCAAGCAGGUGCUGCUCUUUUAAAAGCAAUAACAGCUCCUUUACCACCAGGACUUGACAAGCUGAGUGCUGUGACUGAACAAAAAAGGCGUCUUGAUAAACUUAGAGCAAAAUUUUCCAUAAUUGUUGCCAGGCAUCUAAAUAACCUCUUCAUACAUUUGGGUAAUGAUGUUGGAGAUGUAUCAAUGUCAGUGACAGAUUUAAUUCUUCCAACACAUCAAACAGUUCAUCAUGAACUUGAACCAUACACUGAAUUGAUGCAAUUGCUAAAAGCAUUAGAUAAUAAGGCCUUUGUGCAAUUAACCAAGGUUUAUACAGAUACAAUGAGUAAGUUGUAUAAAAGAGAUUUAAAACGAUUCUUUGAAGAAGCCAAAAACAAACUUAUUUGCAAACGUUUUCCAGCAAACACAUCAAAAUCUAGUGGCCAGAAAGCAGAAGAUUUAUUAAACCCAGCACCCAUUUGUUUAUUAAGUGGCGAAACAUGGGCACCUGUAGGAGAAGGGAAUCUUUUGGAUUCAGUUUUGGAUUGUAUGCUGUCACAGAUGCAACCAGUUUGUCUUGCUGAACAAGCUUUUUGUAUUUUAUUUUUGCAAUUAGAUUCUGUUCUUUCCCCAUCAAAAAGCAGUGAAAUGGAAGAAGCAGAUAAUAUUAGUAAUGGAGCUGCAAGUCCUGAAUCAGUAACAUCUACAGCAAGUAAAAAGUUAGAAAGACAAGUUAAUGAAGAAGUACGUGCAACAAUGGCAGCUAUAUUUCCAUCAUUAGAAACUGAAUUAAAUAAUUUUAUUAAUUUUCUAGAUAAAAUUGAUAGUUUUUGGUGUAUGUACGUACUGGUACGCUUAUCACAACAUGUUAUGUCAGCACAAGAUACUGGUUCCUUUUUAUCUAUGACAUUUGCUUCUGCUUUAAUUCAAGUUAAAAGAGCAUUUGACAAAUUUAUGCAAGCACAGUUACAAUCAAUUUUGUGUGAUACAAAAGUUAAUCGUAGAAAUAAAUGUGGUAUAUUGCCAUAUGUAGAAAAUUUUGAACCAUUUGCAAGAACGGCAGAAAAAAUCUUUAAGAAUUCGGAUAGAAAAGUUGAUCUUGAGAAAUGGUAUACAAAAUUAGUGAGUACGAUGUUUGAGGCUAUUGUUAUUCAUAGUAGAGAUCAUCAUAAAACUCCACAAGAAGUUAUUAAAAUGGAAAAUUUUCAUCAUUUAUAUGAUCUUUUAUCACAAUUGAAAAUAUCUGUUCUUGAUCAUGAAAGAAAAGAAGCAAAACAAAAAUAUCAAGACGCUCUACGUGCGUAUGUUACACAAUAUUUUGGAAGACCUCUGGAAAAGCUUAAUCUAUUCUUUGAAGGCGUACAAGCCAAAGUUGGUGCUGGAGUUAAAGAAUCUGAAGUCAGUUAUCAAAUGGCUUUUAGUAAGCAAGAACUGAGACGUGUUGUAAAAGAAUAUCCUGCACGAGAAGUUAAAAAGGGCCUGGAAAAUUUGUACAGAAAAGUUGAAAAACAUCUGUGCGAGGAGGAAAAUUUAUUACAAGUUGUUUGGCGUGAAAUGCAAGGUGAAUUUAUUGCACAGUAUAUAUACAUAGAAGAAUUAAUUCAAAGAUGUUACCCAGAUAGUAUGGUAACACUUGAAUUUACUAUUCAGGACAUUUUAGAAUUUUUCUCGGAAAUAGCACGAUCUCACUAAGAAAUUCAUUAUUCAAGAACUGUACAGUCAAUAAAUGCAUAAUAUGUUUAAGUAUUUAAAAUGAAAUGUAAUUAUAACGAUAUAAUAUAAUUUCUUCACAAUAGAAUUAUAAA